CAAAAAACGGUCGAAAAAGCGGCCGAGUUUUUGCGGACAAAGGCAAACGUUUUUGGCAGUUUUCUGCUCGUAUUUACCUGACUGUCCGAUGAUCUAUCGCCAUGUCCACGAGUAGCCAGCCAAGGUUGUGUGACACGACUUAUUUCAAGGAUGACGGAUUCAGGGCAGCGGACAUCAAUACGGCCUUUCUUCUCUCUCCUCCGAGCAACCUGUUGACAUUACCAUCACCGGUGGCACAUACAUUGCCAGAUUGCAGAGUCAUUGUCGAAAAAACCAUGUGGUGUUUGCCCUUGAAGUCAGCCGUCAACGAUUGACCCUAGCCCUGUCACCCAGCUUCCCUGUGUACACCUCAAGUCGUAUGAAAUAACCAUUCACACUUUAUCCCACGUUUGAUACAUGUACUGAAAACUUGAUCAUUCACUCAACUCUCUUCAGGUCUGCAAACCGUUUAGUGACGUGUGUCAGGACGAUCAUACCCUGGACUACCACGUGGGUCAAGGGUGGAGUUGUCAACGAAUUGAGAGGUCUCGUCCAGUGCUCCUCGACGGCUGGAACGUGAGCAAUCCCUCCGUCUCUAGGAAGAGGAGGCGGCAAUUUCUGUGUAUCCACACCAUUUGUGUCAUCAUCCGUUCCCAUGUUAUCUCCCUCCAUGCACACGCUCUCUCAUGAUUGUCUUCAGCUGAAUUCAUCAUCACUGCCGGGCAUGACGGGCUCUCUGAUGGUGCCAUGUUCCCCCCCGCUCCUCUUCAUAAUUCUCCCAGCUUGUUAGCCUAGCUCUUUUUGCCAUUUCUGC